AUGCGGCGAAGGCAGGAUUCGAAAACGGAUGAGGAACUUUUGCCCCACGUGGCACAGGCUCUCCCCAAAACACGAAGGGGACUCUUUGGCAGGCAGCUGCUAAGCACGCUCAAGCUGAGUAUCCUGCUGCGAGUUCGUUCCCCUAUCAGCAGCAUUGUGGAAAUCCUCAUUCCUAUCAUCUUCAUCAUCGGCACGGUCAUAUUAUCACGGCUAAUGAAGGAUGAGGGUCAUAAAGGUGGGGACUUUGUGAGUUACCCUGCAACUACGUUUGCACUUAAGCAACAGUCCGAGAUACUUUCUUCGUUGUGUUACAACGUCACGAUGAGCGGGGCGGCGAUUGAUGGCUUGAGGUCUUGUGCAGCUAGUGGGGGUGAAGUGCGUUGCUUUGGCGCUGCAGAUGGACUGCCACUUGACGGAAUAUGCAUUCAGACGGAUAAGCCACCAAAAAUGUUCGCACUGACGGUCUUUGGAGUGCUCUCAAGCUACGGUGCUAGUAUGAUGCCUGUUCCAUCUUUCGAUGAGAUUGUCAAGAUGCAAUGGGUGGCAAAAUGCCUUAUGCAACUGCUCGGUUCGGCGCGACUACCUGGCAGCAUUGGUUAUUCUGGUUGGCUUUACGCCUCCCCCAGGAAUGCCUACACGGAGUCGUUGGUCUCGUACUUAAACGAGACCACGUCACUCUUCAAGUAUGUGUUUGCUCGAUAUUUUGACAGCAUCGCCGAAGCCAACGACCACUUGCAUAAUCCCAAGGGGCUUGUGGGGAAUUGGGGCGUGGUUCACGUGAACAGCUUCUCUCGUGACCUUACAGAGCCUCGGCUAGACAUUAUCAUUCGCCUCAACGCCAGUGCACUCCCAAAGACCUCAGCUGUGGUGUCUCAAACCUACUCGGGUGGUCUAACUCAGCAUGCUUCCAAGUACAUCCUCUCGGGCUUUCUCACGUUGCAGAAGGAGGUGUAUAACUACUUCAUUUCAAAGGAAAUGCGACUGAAAGAGUUGCCAAUGCCGUUUCUUGCACCAAUGGGAACGGUGGACUACAUCGAUAGAACAUUCUUAUUACGCGCCGGCAACAUGGUCCCUCUGCUGGUGGUGCUUGGAUUUUUGUAUCCUGUGUCGCAAGCCACCAAGCGCAUUGUGUUGGACAAGGAGCUACGCAUGAAGGAGGCCCUGCUUAUCAUGGGGUUGCGACAGAGAGUUCAAUACCUUGCAUGGUUCCUUCUCGCCAUGACGCAGUACGUCUUUGUGUCACUCAUCUGUGCCGUCCUCAUGAAGGUCACAUACUUGAGGAAUUCGGACUUUGGAGUGAUAUUUUUUCUCUUCUUUUUAUUUUCAUUGACGACGGUUGCCUUGUCGGGGCUCAUCGCCUCAUUCUUUUCCAAAUCGCGGCUUUCAUCUGUGAUGGCUCCACUCAUUUACUUUAUGUUGGCAGCUCCGUUUUUUGCCAUUGGGAGUGUCGGCGGCGGUGUUGUGUCGGCGCUUUGUCUCUUGUCCCCGUCAGCCUUUGCAAAGGGGCUCAUGCUGUUGUUCAAACACGAGCUUUCUGUCGGCUUCGCCAGAGGAGACUUCAGCAGUCGCUUUGACAGACCAAAUAUGACUUUCAUCUUUAGCAUCUUGGCGGUGGACUUGCUUCUCUACCUCAUGCUUAUGCUCUACCUGGACGCCGUGGUACCAAAUGACUGGGGAACCCCGAGGCAUCCGUUCUUCUGCGUUCUUGAGCCUAUUUUCCUCCUCUGCAGAAAGAAGCGGGAGUGGGAUCGCGACGAGGACGGUUGCAAUCCGGAUGGCCUCUUUGAACCAUACACGGAGGGGGAAUUGGCCAAGACGACUGUGAAAAUUUCUGGUCUCACAAAAGGCUUUACGAGAGGGGGUGAGAAGUUCCUUGCGGUGAAUCACCUGCACUUGGGCCUCGUUGAGGGGGAAAUCUCCGUCUUACUGGGCCACAACGGCGCCGGGAAGUCGACCACGAUGAACAUGAUGACAGGAAUGCUUAAGCCCGACGAGGGGGACUGCUACGUUUACGGUCAUUCCGUCCGCAAGGACUUGCGUGGGGCACGACAAGAAAUUGGCUUUUGCCCUCAGCAUAACAUUUUGUGGCCAGAACUCACCUGCCGCGAGCAUCUUGAAUACUUUUCCAGCAUCAAGGGGCUGACGGGGGAUGUUCAGAAAGAAGCCAUUGAAUCGAUGCUCAAUGGUGUGGAUCUGCAAGAAAAGCGUAACUGCGUCUCCUCGGCACUCUCUGGAGGGCAACAGCGAAAACUUUCCGUUGCCGUGGCGUUUGUUGGCAACAGUCGUCUUAUUUUUCUUGAUGAACCCACAGCAGGCAUGGACGUAGCGGCCCGUCGUCACAUGUGGGAUCUCGUGCGAAGAAUGUCGAGGUGUCGGACGAUUAUGCUGAGCACACAUUUCAUGGAUGAAGCAGAUCUGCUUGGCGACCACAUCGCGAUUAUGAGUAAAGGCUCACUGCAGUGCAGAGGUAGCAGCGUCUUUCUAAAGUCAAAUCUUGGUGUUGGGUACAACAUCACGCUUUCUGUGACAAGUGUUGCAUCUCCACAGUCGAUUGGGUCCCUUAUUCGAUCUCAUGUUCCACAUGCGGAAUUGUUAAGGUGCACUGCCGGAGAAAUCUCCUACCGGCUGCCCAUGUCCUAUGUGAAGGAGUUCCCCUCAAUGCUGCGUGAGGUUGAGACGCUGGGGAGCAGGUACGGCGUGCAGAACUACACACUUUCCGCAACCACCUUGGAAGAGAUUUUUAUUCGUAUUGCCCAUGGAGAAGGGGUGCGAGUGGCCCAAGCGGUAGGGGGGCGGUCGGGACAUCAGCUGGAAACGCUUGCGGGACCGAUGUCGAAAGCAAACCGAAACGAAAGCCCUGUCGAGGAGUCAGUGGCCAUGGACGCGCACGUGGCGAGUACGUUCAGCCCACCCACGGGUGCAGGUGAAAAGGGCCCUCCACAAGAAGUGACGUCACAGUUCCACGCCAACUGGGGCACAAAACUUAUUGAAUCGGAGUCCGAACUCAUGUCGUCUCAGUUCAAAGCUUCCUUGGCGAAACGUUAUCUCAAUGCCAUACGUGAUCGUCGUACGCAAUUUAUUCAAGUCGCAUUCCCAGUCAUUAUGCUUGUUUUUGCUUUGCUUCUUAACAUGGUGGACUUCAUCCAUCACCCGUCGCUUUCACUUUCUUCGGAGAUGUAUAAGGAGCACGUUCAAAUUGAUGUGGCCAACUGCAAGGAUACCAUCGACACGUCCAGACCUUUUUCCGAGUCGACGUCGUUCUUUGUUCAUGAGGAUAUUAUGGGCGCCAAGGACUUUUCCUCAUAUCUUAUUAAAAGCUACAAAGCACAUUCGCUGAGCCGGUAUACGGCUAUUGCCUGUGGCGAUCCUGUCUAUAAAGGUGCAACGGCUCUCUUUGUCAACGCAUCUGCCUUACAUGCUGCCGCCGUGGGUAUGGUCGGAUUUUAUGGUGCGGCGCUGCAGAAGGCUGUACCCACUUUGUCUGUGCCACAUGCGGAAGACAUUUUCCAAGUAACUAACUUCCCCAUGGCCCGAACAAAACGUGAAGGGGCGUUUCUCGAUACGAUGAAAGCGGUACUCAUGAGUAUUUUGAUCAUGAUUCCAUUUUCGUUUAUCCCCUCGACCUUUGUGUCCUUUGUGGUGAAGGAACGGGAGUGUAAGGCGCGUCAUUUGCAAAAUGUCUCAGGGUUGCGGUUCUCCAUCUAUUGGUUGUCAAACUACAUCUUUGACCUCUGCUGCUACCUCAUUACGAUGAUAUUGGUGAUUAUAGUCAUGCUAAUAUUUCGGAGGAAGGAGUACGUUUCGGCCACAACAUUUGGUCCUACCUUCCUGCUGCUUCUGGCGUACGGGUUCUCAUGCAUUGCCAUGGCGUAUAUGGUUUCAUUUUUCUUUAAGGAGCACUCCACGGCGCAGAAUGUUGUGUUGCUGGCCAAUUUUGUUACUGGAUUCUUGUUUGUUCUGUUGGCGGUUAUCCUUACCAUGUUGCCAGAGACGCAGAAGACGGGCGAGGGACUCAAGUGGGCGUUCCGCGUCUUCCCUAGUUACUGCAUUGGCGAGGGCAUUGUGAAUUUGGCCUCGUUGCCAGGCCGACAAGGCAUGAGCGACACCACAGUCUCACCGUGGAGCCUCAGUGUCAUUGGUUUUCCAGUUAUCUACAUGGCGCUUGAAAUACCGCUCUUCCUGCUGAUUACAAUCUUUUUGGAUCAUCCGACGCGGCGCAUGCGCACGGAGAUGAUGUUCCAUCGAUCAGGCGCCGAGGUGGAGUUGAUCCCUGACGAAGAUGAUGAUGUGGCGAUGGAGCGGCGCCGCAUCGCUGGGGCAAAUAACGGCGUGUCAGAGGAUCUUGUCCGGGUAGUGAACCUGCGCAAGGUGUACGGCAAUGGUAAUGUCGCCGUACGCAAUUUGAGCUUUGGCGUUCAUCCUGGGGAGGUGUUUGGGUUUCUCGGUACUAACGGCGCUGGUAAGACGACGACGAUAGCUAUUCUUUGCCAAGAAAUGGUCCCAACCAGCGGACAGGCGUUUAUAUGUGGCAAAGACACUGUUCAAGACUCACGUGAGGCCUUGCACUACAUUGGAUACUGCCCACAGUUUGACGCCUUGCUGGACCUUUUGACGGUGGAGGAGCAUCUGCAGCUCUACGCUGGAAUUCGUGGCGUGAGUAAAUGCAACCGGAAGUUGGUGGUCGGUGAGUUGAUGCAUCUAUUUCAGCUUACCACCUACCGCAAGACGCGUGCUGGCCAACUGAGCGGUGGUAACAAGCGCAAACUUUCUGUCGCCAUUGCCCUUAUUGGCGGUCCACGUGUCGUUUUCCUUGACGAGCCCUCAGCUGGCAUGGAUCCUGUUUCGCGGCGUGGACUUUGGACGGCGAUUCAAAGCAUUCCGAAGUCCUGCUCCGUCGUGUUAACAACACAUCACUUGGAGGAGGUGGAGGCGCUGGCGCACCGCGUUGCCAUCAUGGUGAACGGCAGUCUACGUUGUCUGGGGAAUAAAACGCAUUUGAAGCAGAAGUAUGGAAGCGGAUUCGAAAUGGCAAUCCGCACAGAGGAAAGUGUCCCGCGAGCCAACGUGGAAGCGUUUGUCUUGAAGUAUUUCCCAUCAGCCACACUCAACGAGGUGCAGGGGCCUCGUUACACGUACGCGUUGCCGGCUACCGCCUCUCUUUCUGAGGCUUUCAGCGCGCUGGAAACGCACGGGGGAGAGAUUGGCAUCGCUGACUACGCCGUGUCUCAGACCAGCAUUGAGCAGGUGUUCCUUCGCAUCAGUGAACAGGCGGAAAUUGACGAGACAUCCGGUAGUCGUGCGGUAUAG